AUGGCUACUCCCAACCCGACUCUCGUCAUCAUCCACGGCGGCUGGCACAUUUUAAAAAGCUACGAAAAGCUCAUCGUAGCACUCAAGGAUGUCGGCUAUGAAGUCCAUUGCCCACGACUGCCAACCACAAACCAGAGCCGACCCCCCAACGCCGACUUUUAUACUGAUUCGGAUCUCGUGCACACCUACGUCUCGAGCCUCGUCCAGGCCGGGCGCUCUGUGGUUACCAUCAUGCACUCUGAUGCGCUCGUUGGCCUUGGGCAAGAGACCCGAGCGAAAGAUGGCAUGAUGGACAAAGUGCGGGAAUUUGGCCAUAUGGACCUAGUUCCGAUAGCAUUUGAUUUCGCUGACGACGAUACUUGCCUGAACAAUGACCCGCGUUCGCUGCUGAUCGGCCCUAGUGACCUUGCUGCCGAGGAGGUGGACCAGUAUUUGGCGACGCUCGUCCGCUGGAAUGGGAAGUUCAUGUAUUUGCCUAUCCGCCACGCUGCCUGGCGCGAGAUCCCCGUCGCCUACAUUUACAGCACCGCCGAUAUGACGGUGCCAAUCGACUAUCAGAGGAGCUUCGUUGAGGGCAUGGAGAAGGCCAGCCGCCCUGUGCGAACCUUUAACCUCGCCAUAGACCACUGCCCUCAUCUGACGGCCACUGCUGGCGUGGUCGACGCCAUUGAGCAGAUUGUAAAGAGCUAGGUGCGUUGAGAGUCCCUAUCGGAGCAUAUUAUGAUACAUUCCAUGCCCAUUGAUAAACAGAAUUAAAAUUGUUGAUAUUAUUUACCGCUGGGUCAUUGGGUGAAGUCUGGUCAAUUGUUUCCUUUUUUUUAUC